CUUAGUAACCGAAUGAAUAUGACUGAUACUUGUUUGUCAACAAAAGAUUAUCAUUGUAAUUUAAAUAAAUAAAUAAUGAAAUAAAAUGUCCAUUAAUUGAUACUGUGAUAAAAGAUAAAUGACAAUUAAAAAUAAUAAAAUAUUAAAAAUAAAUAAUAAAUAACAAUGAGUAAAACCAGUGAUAAACAAAAAACAACUUUGACUCCUGACAGUGAGAGUUCAUCAGAUAAAUUAUUAAAAAAUAAAAAAGACAGCAAUAAUGAAGUUUUAAAUGACGAUGAUGAACGAUCGCAACCUUCGUAUCAAAUCAGUCCUCAACUUCUUGACAAGUUCAAACCGCAAGUAGUAAAAGAAAUAAUUCAUGAUGUAUUACAUGAUCAAUUAUCAACAAAAGUUUACAGUGUCCAGGAUGCUAAUAAGUGGGGUAAAGAAAUAUCGGAUAUUAUUAAAAAUAAAGUUAAAGAAUUAAAAUUUAAAGAGUACAAAUAUGUUGUCAAUGUUGUCUUGGGUGAACAAAGAGGAGCUGGUGUUAAAAUAGGCACCAGGUGUCUGUGGGAUGCCGAAGCUGAUGAUUAUGCUCAUGGAAAUUUUAUUAAUGAAUCAUUGUUUUGUGUAGUUUGCGUAUACGCCGUAUUUCUUUACUAGCAAAUUGCUUCAUAAUUUAAUGUGUCAGUUAUAGUUUUUAAUUAUUUAUUUAAUUUAUACUUGUCAGUUAAUGAUCAACCAGCAAUCGGCUAAAUUCGUGUUAAAUAUAUUGUAAAUUUAAUUGAUUAUUAAAUAAUUUACUUAU